CCUCGUUAUAAAACCAAAUAGAAUUCUACUAUUUUUGUUUUUAUUGUUAGAAGAUCAUCAUAACCAAAUAAAUAAAUAAAUAAAUAAAUAAUUCUACUAUUUUGUAUUACAGUAGUCGGUUAAAAAAAGUUUGUUACUUUUGAAACGUUUGUUUGGUUCGAUUGAGCUUCUACGAUUUCCCAAAUUUUUGAUCCGGAGUUCUUUUAUUUUAGUUUUUAUUUCUUCCUUCUCUGAUUUGUGGAGUGGAACAAAGUGGAAAUUACAAAUUAUUCUGUCUAAAAUUUCUAGCUUUUAGUUCAGACUAGGGUUUAAUUUUACGACGAAUGUGUUUUUGCUGUUCUUUAGGUGUCUUGAUCCUCUGUUCUUUCAUUUUACUUUGUUUCUUUUCAAUGACAACUUUUGGUUCUCUUUUGAUUUCUGUCCUAUUUUUCCUGGUGAUGCUGGUGGUAUUGCAUCGCGAUGGUGGCAGAUUGUGGUGGGUGGUGAAGAUAAAGUUCAUCUAAAGAAUACAACAAACAGUUUCUGCUACAAAACAGCUGAAAUUACAAAUCCAUUCUUCAAUUCACGAAUUCUAGACGAUGUACAGAUGAGAUAAAAGGACCCUUUCACGAAUCCUUAUCUGUGAACUCGUUAAUCUAAGAAAAAAAUAUGCCGACUUUUAGAGAGAGAAAACAGAAGAUUUUUGUGGGGGAAACCACCUGAAUAGAGAAGAAAAAUGGAGGUCACAAAUGUCACUGAGUAUCAAGCUAUUGCAAAGGAGAAGUUACCAAAGAUGGUGUAUGACUACUAUGCUUCAGGUGCUGAGGAUCAGUGGACUUUAGAAGAGAACAGAAAUGCUUUUUCAAGAAUUCUGUUUAGGCCUCGGAUUCUUAUUGAUGUGAGCAAGAUUGACAUGACUACAACAAUUUUGGGAUUCAAGAUCUCCAUGCCUAUAAUGGUUGCUCCAACAGCUAUGCAGAAAAUGGCUCACCCUGAUGGUGAGUAUGCAACUGCAAGAGCUGCUUCUUCAGCUGGAACAAUCAUGACUUUGUCAUCAUGGGCAACUUCAAGUGUUGAGGAGGUUGCUUCAACCGGACCUGGAAUCCGUUUCUUCCAGCUUUACCUUUACGUGUAUAAGGACAGAAAUGUUGUGGCUCAGCUUGUGAGAAGAGCUGAAAAAGCAGGCUUUAAAGCUAUUGCUCUUACAGUUGAUACACCAAGGCUUGGACGCCGAGAAGCUGACAUCAAAAACAGGUUUACACUACCCCCAUUUUUGACAUUGAAGAACUUUGAGGGUUUGGACCUUGGGAAGAUGGAUGAAGCUAAUGACUCUGGAUUGUCUUCUUAUGUUGCUGGUCAGAUUGAUCGCACUCUUAGCUGGAAGGAUGUAAAGUGGCUUCAAACAAUCACCACAAUGCCGAUUCUAGUGAAGGGUGUGAUCACUGCUGAAGACACAAGGUUAGCUAUUCAAGCUGGAGCAGCGGGUAUUAUUGUUUCCAACCAUGGGGCCCGCCAGCUGGAUUAUGUCCCCGCCACCAUCAUGGCUUUAGAAGAGGUUGUGAAAGCCGCACAGGGCCGUGUUCCCGUGUUCCUCGAUGGUGGGGUCCGCCGUGGGACCGAUGUUUUUAAGGCACUCGCUCUUGGAGCUUCCGGAAUAUUUAUUGGGCGGCCGGUGGUGUUUUCAUUGGCGGCUGAAGGAGAAGCGGGAGUGAGAAAAGUGCUUCAGAUGUUACGUGAGGAGUUUGAACUAACAAUGGCAUUAAGUGGUUGUACUUCACUCAGAGAGAUUACUCGGGACCACAUUGUCACUGAAUGGGAUGCACCCCGGGCACGCCCUGCACCACGCUUAUAAACAACCAACACCAAAACCAUUCAGUCACCUCUUAAUGGCAA